AUGAAAAUUGUGGUUUUCUGCGUUUUGUCCCUGUGUGGGCUGGCCUACGGUAGACCGGUUGCCAGUAAUCAGGCGGGGUUGAAAGCCAUACUAACUGGGCUGAAAUUCGACAUCACCGACACUUUGCCAAAGGAGCUUCUUGACGAGUUCUCGCCGGACUUGCAAGAAUUCGCAAAAAGCCUUGACAUGGUGGACGCGGCCGCCUUACUGAUGCUCUACCAGAAGAAGGACACGUUGGAGACGAUGGAGCAGGUUCCCAUCGCCCUGAAGGAAAUCAGCCCGAACACCUACAAGAAGGUGAAGAAGCUGACGACGGCUUGCAAGCAACGCUAUGAAAAAUUGACACCCGAGGCCCAGAAGCUCUUCAGGGAGCAUGGAGCCGACGGGUUGAGCGGGAUGAACGGCUACAACGACUUGACAACUGAGGAGCGCACAGAGAAGCUUGGCAGCUUUGUCCUUGCGUUUGCAAAUCUGAGCGAUGAUGACAAGGAGUCGGUCCGCGAGCAGUUCCCUGUCGUCUACAAGCUUAACACAGAUCCGUACUUCAUCCUCAAGGCCACCCUCGCCCUGCAGCGACAAUUUGAGAAAAAGGUCGGAAGGCUGCGCGGCCAGGUCCAGCUUCUAGAAGAGGUC